GUCGGCAUCGCAUACCCAUGGAGGCCACCGCGGUGCCGCGGGCUCUGUCCCUCCUUGGGCCAUCUCUGUCGACGGCGCCGCUGCUGCCUUGGAUGCGUAUGAACUGCUUGCGCGUAGCCGUUGGAGGAGGUGUCAGGCGGCAGGGGGGCGUAGUCUGGGCGAAGAAGACGAGAAGGGGCCGGGACGACGUGGCGGAGGAGCGGGUGGACACGCACAGCUUUGCGCGAAAGGCGGGCGAGUCUGCCGAGCUGUUCCCCGAGGCCGUCCUGUUUAGAAAGAAAAUGGUGAGAGAGGAUGGCCAAGUGUCACCAGAAUUUGCUGAUGCAAAUGAAGAAAAGCUGUAUGAUUUUCUUAAUAUCCAGCUAAAAAGCGAUAUGAAAAGAAUUCAAAGGAGGAAUGUGCUGUCGACAAUGCUCUCCGCUUGGACGAUCCUGCUCUUGGGUCCGGGUCAGGUCAGCUUAGCAGAGACAACCGGUGGCGCAUUCAGGGAGUAUAUCGACACGUUUGACGGCUACACCUUCCUGUACCCGAAGAAUUGGAUCCAGGUCCGUGGAGCUGGCGCGGACAUAUUCUUCAGAGACCCCAUGGUCCUCGACGAGAACAUGUCGGUGGAGAUAUCGUCGCCUUCGUCGUCCAGGUACACGAGCGUCGAGGACCUCGGCCCACCGGAGAAGGCUGCAGAGAAGGUCCUCGGUCAGUACCUGACGGAGUUCAUGUCCACCAGGCUGGGCGUUCGGCGUGAAUCCAACGUCCUAUCGGCGUCAUCCAAGGUCGCUGACGAUGGCAAGCUCUACUACGAGGUUGAGGUGAACAUAAAAUCCUAUGCGAGCAACAACGAGCUGGCGGUGAUGCCACAGGACAGGGUGCAGAGCUUGGAGUGGGACCGCCGAUACCUGUCAGUGCUCGGCGUCGAGAACAAGCGGCUCUACGAGCUCCGGCUGCAGACGCCCGAGCAGGUGUUCAUGCAGGAAGAGGAGGACCUCAGAAGAGUCAUGGACUCCUUCAGGGUCAUCAAGGCGGCGUAGUUUGUCGAUAGUAGAGUGCACAUGUUUUGUUUUUGUUUGCUUGUUUGUUUCUUUUGUACCCGCAGAAAUGUUCAUAUCACUUGUUUCUUCUGUAGAGCGCACAUGUUUCCAUUCAUGUCUCCAAAGGGAUGUUUACACUUUAAAAUAAGUAAGCCAACUAUCAGAAGGUUGGUCAA